AUGGGCAGACAGGCCCAGGCUCCAGCCCCCUCUCCCAGGCAGACAGGCCCAGGCUCCAGCCCCCUCUCCCAGGCAGACAGGCCCAGGCUCCAGCCCCCUCUCCCAGGCAGACAGGCCCAGGCUCCAGCCCCCUCUCCCAGGCAGACAGGCCCAGGCUCCAGCCCCCUCUCCCAGGCAGACAGGCCCAGGCUCCAGCCCCCUCUCCCAGGCAGACAGGCCCAGGCUCCAGCCCCCUCUCCCAGGCAGACAGGCCCAGGCUCCAGCCCCCUCUCCCAGGCAGACAGGCCCAGGCUCCAGCCCCCUCUCCCAGGCAGACAGGCCCAGGCUCCAGCCCCCUCUCCCAGGCAGACAGGCCCAGGCUCCAGCCCCCUCUCCCAGGCAGACAGGCCCAGGCUCCAGCCCCCUCUCCCAGGCAGACAGGCCCAGGCUCCUGCUCCCUCUCCCAGGCAGACAGGCCCAGGCUCCAGCCCCCUCUCCCAGGCAGACAGGCCCAGGCUCCAGCCCCCUCUCCCAGGCAGACAGGCCCAUGUUCCAGCCCCCUCUCCCAGACAGGCCCAGGUCUCCAGCCCCCUCUCCCAGGCAGGCCCAUGCCCAGGCUCCAGCCCCCUCUCCCAGGCAGGCAGGCAGGCCCAGGCUCCUGCUCCCUCUCCCAGACAGGCCCAGGCUCCAGCCCCCUCGCCCAGGCUCCAGCCCCCUCUCCCAGGCAGGCAGGCCCAGGCUCCAGCCCCCUCUCCUGCAACAGAAGCGCUCUCGCAGGCAGGCAGUCCCAACAUAGGGGAGGUGUAA